UGGUGACGAGGACCUUCAUCAUGAAGCCACCAGUAAGAGCUAAUCCGGACCAGGUGUGGGUAUUCUUUUCUCUGGAACCAUGGGCAAACUACCGCAAUCAGUUCCCAAGAGAGAACUGGAAUAGUGUGUUUAAUUGGACCUAUACAUAUGAAAGAAAGUCUGAUUUCCAUGCUGAGUAUGGCUCUCUGAGAAGACGACAGCAGUUGAGGAAGUAUGACUGGAAUGAGGUCAUGUCACAGAAGACAAAAAAGGUAUUGUGGUUCGUAAGUAACUGCGGAGGUACAAGCAACAGAAUGAAAUACGUGGAAGAGUUAAAGAAGUAUAUCCCAAUCGAUAUUUUCGGGCGUUGUGGGAAAGGAAAGUGCACUGUGGACGGGCAUGAUGAUAAGUGUUACAGAAAAUAUAAAUUUUAUCUGUCCUUUGAAAGUACCUUUUGUAAAGAUUAUGUCACGGAGAAGUUUUUCAAGACAUUUCAGUAUAACCGCCAUAUCAUUCCUGUAGUUCGAGGCAAUGGGGAUUAUGCCAAACAUUACCCCAAAGACACGUUCCUGAACACAGCUGACUUCCGGUCGCCUAAGGACCUGGCUGCGCAUCUUUUAUAUCUGGACAGGAACUCCACUGCCUAUCUUGACCUUCUCACAACACAUGCGCAGUAUGAACAUGUUCUUUUCACAAAAAACAGCUGCGAGAUGUGUGUUAACCUCCACACAUUAGACCAACACAGAAAGUCGUACCCUGAUAUCUCGAGCUGGAUGGACAAUUGCGACAGUCGGAAAGAUUAUUGA